AUGAGCUAUAAUAAUUUUAUCGAUGACUACCUAUUUUUAAGUUUUCUAUUUACAAUAGGAUCCCUUAUAUCUUCUUUCUUUUUAAUUCCUGCACCUUUAUCUUACUUAGUUAUUUUUAUAAUACUUUUAUCUCUAUUAUUAGUAUUAUGGGUAAUAUCUCAUUGGGAAAAAUCAGACACAAAUGAAUGGCUUUUAUUAAUUUAAGACGGAAAAUAAGUAAAAGCAGGUAUAGGUUUAUAAUGUUACAAAGGUCUUACUUAAACAGUAGUUAGAUUCCCUUCCUCAAUAAACAAAGUUGAAUUCACAGCUGAAAAUGCAACUAGAGAAAUGUAAGGAAUUUAAGUUAAAGGAUUUGCAAUUUGGGAAGUAAAUAGUUAUGGAGAUGGUCCUUUUAAUUGUUAUAAAUAUAGUCAAGGAGGUACUGCUAAUGAUAAUGUGAGAACCAUGUGUGAAUCUAUUCUCAGAAAUACUAUUGCCAAUAAUUCUUUGAAGGAUGUACUUACUGAUAGAGAUUUAUUAAGGGAAUAAAUGAAAGGAGAAAUAUAAACCCAAAUUAACAAAUGGGGUAUGUAUUGUUCAACUAUAGAAAUUACUUAAGUCAGAAUUUCUUCAAAGUCUUUAUUUGAAGAUAUGUAAGCCGAAAUAAGAGUAGGAACUUAGAAUUAAUAAGAUUAGAAGUGA